AUGGAAGAAGAAAUGAAGUGCCUUGUGAAAACGAGUUAUACUACUGGUUCUCUCACUAACAAUUAUACGAUAACUGUGUUUCUUGUGAAAUACGAGACCCAAGCUCAGGCACCUCGCCCCGGAUUUUAUGAUCGUGCUACCAUUAUUCCUUAUGUCAACGAAAUAGAUGUGAUGGAUACCAUCAUUGAUGGAAAAAAACAAACCACCUUCGCGGUCCUCAGUGGAUGCAGAACCGAUGCAGGUGUUUAUAUCAUGGCUGGACUGGAUGAGGACGGUCUAGAGUGUGGAUCUUACACUUGCAGUGUUGACAGCGUCUUAUCAGUUAAAGGUUGUCCUGCAAAUGAACAUUGUGAUAGUAUUGGCAUGUGCCAACCGAACAUCUGCACUUUGACCGGACCCACUGUGAUCGACCUCCACGGCGACGUCACCUCUGUGAAGGAUCGCUGCACGUACUCUCUGAUGUCAGAUAAAGAAUCCUACGAAGAUUUUGAAGUCCUGGCCAGCUACAAGGACCGGCGUCGCACAGAUGUGAGCUUUGUCGACAGUGUGACACUGAAAGACACUGAUAUUACGGUUCUCCUGGAACAAGGUGGGAGAGUCAAGGUGGGCGGUUCACUGAUGGAUCUCCGCAAGACUCAAGCUGGAGUCUUUGCCAAACUGCAAAUGAACGAUUCGGUAGAAGUGACUCUGUUCUUUGAUGGAAACACUGCGCAGCUGCAAACUACAUCAGGAUCGGAUUAUUAUCCACCAGAUGGUUUGUGUGGAGACGGCGACAGCGCAUCUUCAACCAACCAGACCGAUUCCAGCAGGUACCAUGUCCCUCUGGCCGACUCUGACGCGUGUGUGACAACGGGACACUCCUCCUGUCACGCCGCCGUCACCCCAGACCCCUACAUAACUGCCUGCAGUGACACCAUGUGUAAAUAUCCUGAUGAGGACGGCCUCAUGUGUCAGUUCCUGGAGGCCUACGCCAGAGCCUGCAGCCUGAUGGGCAUCCAACUGGAGGAAUGGAGGUCCAACCAGGAGUGCUCUACGCCUCAGAUCUCUUGUGAAGACAGUCCCUGCAGUGAUCAUGAGUUCUGCGGACUGGUCAUCGGUAGCCCCACCUGCCUCUGUAGAGCCAUUUUUGCCUCCAGUUACAGAGAGUCAGGCGCUCUGGGUGAUCCGACGGUCUGCACAGGUGACUCUGCUUCAGUCUCUCUGGUGAAUUGCCUCCUGGAGGAGAAAGGUAUCGACUACUCCACCUUACACCUUAUUGACGACACGUGCACUGGUGUCAUGGACGAGAGCCACAUGGUGACGUUCAGCUUCGACAACAACUGCGGGACGGAGUUGGAGGAAGAAGAAAGCAAAGUGUCGUACAAGAACACCAUCAAAACCACGUCCAGCUCCUCCUCCGUCAUCACUCGCCACAACGAGUUCAAGAUUGACUUCUCCUGCGUCCACGUUGAACCAAACGUCAAGACUAUGGGCUUCACAAUCAAGGACAGCUCCGUCUCCCAGGUGGUCAGAUCUGAGGCUUUUAGUUACACGGUGACGAUGAACGCCUACACGGACGCCGAACGCCAACAAGCUGUGGACUCCACCACCGAGGUGCUGCUGGACCAGAGUAUCUGGCGGCAGUAG